UGGCUCUUAAUGGAGACAUAAUGAUUUAUCCCCAACAUCAUUAUCCCAUCUUUUGACUAAUACCUACUAGCUUUAUCUCCACUAAUUCCCACCUAAUUUUACCUAUGUGGGCUUCAUUUAUUUUAUAACAGUUUUAGUAAUCUAAAAGAUAUAUUCCAUUUUAGACAGUGAGUGUCGUAUAUAUUCCGUCAUUGAGGUUUCACAGAACGUGCUUGAUUCCUUACCAAAAAAGGAAACAAAGAAGAUUACAGCAACAGCCGAAAUAAGUUAGUUGCAGACCAUCUUUGAUUCCUUCAAGGCCACCAAAAACCAUAUCUCUAUGACAAUGUCGGUUGCAGGGGCCCACUCGAAUACAAAAUCAGAAAAAUCACCCAAACAAAACCAAGCAAAUUUAGAGCACUUGAAUGUCUCCCGCAUUGCCAAAUACGGGUCUCUCUGACUGCCUGACUCCUCUUCCCCUCCACCUCUGUUUUCCACAGUGCCACACCACCACACUAACACACUUUCAUGUCAUCUUCCAAUCCAAGGCAUCCUUCACCACGAAACAACUGCAUUGCCUAAGCCUUGCCUAAGCCUUGCCUAAGCCUUCAAAGGCACAAUAUAUAUACACACGCUGAGAAGAGGGAUCUCUCGUAAGCUUAUUUGAGAAACACUCCUCGUAUAACUCAUUUCUUCUAGUAUUUCACUAAUUCAAACCGUAUAACUUAUUUCUUCUAAUAUUUUACUAAUUCAAACUGUUUAUUUGGUAAAUAUUCAAAAAUGAUCUAUAAACAAAUGCUCGAAUAUCCGUUUUAUACCUUUUCAACACAGUAAGUCCAAAACCCAUAAGCCCAAAAUGAAUUUUAUAUAAUUAUUCAUUUCCUCUUCCCAAGAAAAUCACCUAAAUAAACAGAUGACAUACCACCCUUCUUCUUUUCAAGUCACUCUGGUUGGCUCUGCUUCGCUUAUUGUCUAUCCCCUCAAGGAAAUGGCGGCUGCUGCUGCUAAUCCAGCAAGAAAGCGGUUCAUCGCGUUUCUUGGGGGCUGGUUGGAGCGUCAGCAAACCUUCCUCAAUCAGCUCCUUCGUUUGGUGGAUUUACCUAGCUCAGAGAACAAGGCCCACCAACAGAGGCAUUUGAUCGAACAAGUUCUAUGCCACUACCAACAAUACUUCGCAGAAAAGGCCCUGACCGCGGAGGAGGACGUUUUCGUGCUGUUCUCUCCGCCGUGGCUGAGCUCGUUCGAGCGGACCAUGCUCUGGCUUGCUGGGUUCAAGCCCUCAUUGGUGCUGCGCAUGGUGGACAGCUCGGUGGAGGACUUGACGGCGGAGCAGGCGAGGGAGAUGGAAGCGGUGAAGGGCGAGACGCGGCGGGCGGAGAGGGAGCUGUCGGAGACAAUGGCGAGGAUACAGGAGAGCGUGGCUGCGCCGCCGAUUCUAGCGCUGGCGAGGAGAGUGGGUAGGCUGAUGGACGGCGAGAUUUCGUCGCUGGAUUUGGCAAUGGAGACGCUGAAGACGGCGAUGCUGGGGGUUUUCGAGAGCGCCAACGGGCUUCGCGGGUCGACAGUGAGGAAGGUGGUGGAGGUCUUGAGCCCCGAGCAGACCGUGAAGGUUUUGGCGGCAGUUGCUCAGUUUCAACUCGGAAUUAGAAGGUUGGGGUUGCAGAGAGACUCUCAGCAGCAGAGCUAACGUUGGCAUUUUGGCAUUUGGAUGGAUCAUAUCAUCAAAGCUUUAAAUAAUUUCUUAGUGUGCGGGGCCUUGAUUGAGUUUGAGAAAUGGCAAAUUGUAUUUUAGGCCCAACUGGCCUUUUUGUAUUUUCCUUUCGUUUUUUAUUUGCUUUUUUCUUCUUUUGUUUUCUACUUCCCUGAAUAAGUAGAUUCAGUUCCUCUAGUGUGUUUUGCAAAACAUCAUCUACUGGGAUUUUAAGUAUGAUAUGUUAUGUUGUUAUACGUUAAUUUCAAGGUUGACAUGUUAUGUUGUUAGACGUUAACUUCAAGUCUGAAAUAUAAUGUUAUAGAAGCUAACUUUAAAUUUAAUAUUUGGUUUGAGCUGAGCGUGAGCUUGAGUAAUAUUAUUAGAGUUGAG